AUGUUGUUGAGACAGUCGGACGAAAAAACGAUCUUUCUUCCUUCAAAUCGCUGCUGGUCACAGGUUUGUGAUAUAUAAUACUGACCUCCCCCCUCCCUUCCAUUCAAAUUUGUUCCUCCAAGUGUUGAGCAUGGUCUUGUAUUGCUAGCAACUUUGUUAAGGGGCGGAGGGGGGAUCAAAAGCGCAAGAGUGGAGAGGCCAUUCAAGGCAAAUAACAGUACAAUGUCUCAAGUACUUUUGCAACUGGUCGUAACUGUCAGGCGAGGAGUUUGUUUUUCCAGUGAAUUCAACUUGGCUCCUAAUUUGUUUUUUACCAGGAAUCAACUGAUAUGGGUUAUAUUAUAUGGUGUACAUAAAAGUUUCAGAGAACGUGAUUUUUUUUUCUCGCGUUUCCACAGUUGCUCGAAACCGUUGCUCUUACAAACUGAAUUGGGUCAUAAAUGUCAACAUGGCUUUUUGCUUUCCUGGAAAUUGCAUUAGUUUUACCUUCAGUGGACAUGCACGUUAAUUUUAGUUCCUUGGCGCUGUUCUGAUAAAACAUAAGAAAGAAACUGCUUCGUUUUCUUCAAAGUAUUAAAUUAUAAUUCUUCAUUCCUGUAGUAGAAAAAAAAAAUCUAUGAGCAGUUAUUUGACUUAAAGUCUGGAAAAGACUAGGAUUGAAACCAAGAGAGGACGAAGGACCUUUAUUCUCUCUUGAUUGGAACCUUCUCCUCGUCUUAAUAAGGUGUAGACUUUUUGGGUGUUAAAUUGAAACCUGGAUGUACAGUAUACAAAAAACCUUCUGUGCUUUGUAAUCACAGGCUGCCAAGAGUUCCACACGCUCAAGAGGACAAGAAACAAGAAAAAUAAUUAUUGACCAAUUGAGCUCUUUACCCUGGGUUAAAUCAGAACCGUUUCGAUGCCAAGGAGGAAUGUCACUGAUAAGCUUUAGUAUGCUGGUGCACGCCAUUAAUGUCUACUUGAAUGACAACUAUCCAGAAAGCCCCCAAAACUUUAAUUUCCAGGCAGAACUGAAGGCUGCAAGCCACUGGCAUUGGUUGGAUGACGGAGAAUGGUGUCUUGAACUUGGUCCUCAUGAUGAUCGUCGCGUAAAAUUUGCUGCGAAACAGACAUUUGAUAAAUGGGCAGAAGAACUGAAUAAAGAGAGGGAACAGCCGUCCCAAAAACCUGGAGUAGACAGCCGCUCUUUGGGUAGAGACGAAAGAGUGUCAGGUAAACGAGCGGGGACAUGUUCUCCUCGGUCAUCUUCAGGAAUUUGUAAACUCACGAAAUUUCUCUUUCGAAGGCAAUGCUGCUUUUUGCGUUCCAGGCUCUUCCAUUUUAAGGCACCCGCUUCCAACCACAUCUUGUUGAUAAGUUUAACGUUUAGUAAACAUUUUUUUCUGUUGCUGGUUGCCGUUCCUUGGAUUAAGGUUGUCAGAGACUUUGCCACCUAAAACUAUACAUCAGACACUUUUCAGUGACACAAUGUUUAGUUGAAUAUGCUACGGUGCUCUUUUUGGCGAUGCUAUUUUUACUACUCCCAUACUAAUUUGUUACUAAUUUUCGAAAAUACUUUUUCUUGAUAAAUUUCUUUUUAAAACUUGACAUUAUCAGGAUUGUUAAUUUUUUUUACCCAGGUCAAUGUUUAUGGCCUUGAACUUUCAAGGUUACUGAAAACUUGUAAGGCAAUAAAAUAGCCUCCAAUUUGCUAUUUUUUGUUGCAAGUUUAUAGUAUCUUGGGUUUUUUUUUUCUGCUUCCUCUUUUCAUUACAUUGUGACGACUUCAACCGGGGCCACCUAGGGACUUUCAGUCAAUCAAAAACCGCUCCUUUAACAAAGAAUUGGGCGUGCGGACCUCAACAAGAACUGUCCUAUUCUUCGAUUGGUUAGUUUCAAUCCUAAAUUUCGCCUUUUAGAAUGGCUCACUCCUAGCGUGAGCCAAUCAGAGACCAAGAAUCUUGUUUUCUUUUUUCCUCGUGAUCAAAUUUAAAUUUUUACUUGUUAACGUGCGUUGCCUUUUUUAAGGUGAAAGUCCGUAAGUCGAGAAAGUUGGAUGCCCCUGAUGCAUAUUUUCUUAAACUAGACAAUUACGAUUUACUUUUAAAAAUAAUUUCCCAGUUUUACUUCGAUAUUUUCUUAAGACACCUUUUGAUGCACAGCGAGUGCAAAUAUCAUAAAUGCCCCUCCCUGUAAGGAUGCCAGCUUUUCCUAAGCUCAACCCUUUUUGCAUGCAUGAAGACAGUGACCCACCCCCAGCAUUUUUUCAGCCGACCCCAACUUGUACUUUACGAUCAGUCCCUAAGUGUAUACGACACACCGUUCUAAACCGCGAAAAAUUUAGGAUGGAAACUAACCAAUCGAGUUCCCGAUGAGGUCUGCACGCCCUAUUCUUUGUUUAAGGAGCGGUUUUUGAUUGCCUGAAAGUCCUUAGGUGUCCCCGGUUGAAGGCGUUACACUGUAAUAUUUGCCCUUUUUUCAUUUUUUUUUUAAUAAACUGAAGUGAUUACGAAUUAAAUUGUUCAUUUUCUUUCUUCCUGAAGAUCUUGAGGAAGGAAUUUUUUCCUUGAUGACGUAUUAUGACUUUGAGAUGGAAAACGAAUCAGCAACUACGUCUCAGUCUACUGUUAAAGGUAAAACGUUGUGAGGACUUGAUGCCGUUAUAUUCGGCACUAUGGUAAGAAAAGUCUUGAUAAGCUUUAGUUACAUGUAACAUUAAUAUUGUCCUUAAAGUUGGUCUCUUUCAUCAUCCUCAUGUUUUUUCUUGCCACUUGCAAAUAUUAAUUUUCAGGUACCAACUGCAUUCCUUCCCUGACCUCUAUAUCUAGAAAAGGCUUUAUAAAGUGAGGCAAUGUAAACGUGGUAUAGUAAUUAAUUACAAGCCACGCCGCGAAAUAAAGCUCAAUAGGUGAGGCAAGUGCGGACUCCCCGGAAACCCCUUUUCUACUUUCCAUAGCCUUAAUUUUUGUUUUAACGUGUAGGUUCAACUUCCUCUAAAAUUACAGAAAAUGCCAUACGCCAAGAAGUUGAUCUCAAGAUUGGCAGAAACACAGAACAAAAGAGGUGAGCCAAGCCAGUAAUAAGCAUUAUGGCCGACAUGGACCAUCUGUAUUGAGUUAAAAGCAGAAAAUCAUCUUUUUAUUUCAAUUCGAGGCCCAAAAACCUUCUCAUCAAAAAGCCCACCAAGCUCUCUAUUGCCAGCACUAGCUGCACGUCAUUUAAACUGCUAUUAAUAGUUUGAAAAAGGUAACGGACUUAAGUUGCUUUGCUACCGUCUCGAUCUUGGACGAAGACAUCGGGAAGAGCAAAAAGUGUUAGUCUGUAUUGCUUAACGGACCGGUCAUAAAUUAGAGGAGGGGAGGACUGUUGCAUUAUUUUGAUGCGUAUGUUUUUUGGCUGGUCCUCCCUUUUCAGGUGCAGAAAAAAAAGGCUGACCCCCAAAAUAGUUUCCACAAAUUAUCAUGCCGCCGUCCCCACCACCCGAGAGGGAAUAAAAGACUUUAAAGAACACCUCUUAAAUAGAGGUAAACGUUAUUAAGAAAAUCUAAUACAGAAAACACUUUUAUAAGUGAAUUUUGUAGACAGAAAUGACAAGCCCUCCAAUAACAGUGUAAAGAACUGAACAAAAUGCAUCUUGCCAUUUGAGAGGCCCUGUUGGGGAAAAUUCCGACAAACGACUUGGCCUUGUGACAAGAUUUUUGGAAGAGAGGGACUAAGGUAAAAAAGCUUGCUAUGAGGGUGACUGAGUGUAUCUUAAAAUCCAGUUCAGGACUCGACUUUAGAAAACAAUGUUAAUGUCAAGUUGUUUCACAUAUUUACACCACUGCAGAAACUAAUUGUUAAGUUAUUGUAGUUGGUCACAAGAUAUAACGUUUUUAUUCUCUUUUGACAAUGCCGUACUUAUCCUUUUAUGUUUGUUGUUGUUGUUUAUACGCAACUCAGGAGAGGUCUUGGGUAUAUGUGAAAAGAAGGACCCUGAAGUUACAUCAUGGACUGUUAAAACAUUUUUUCUCGGCUACCUUCAUCAGAUUCAAUAAGUGUUUAGUAUUAUUUACAGAAGGUUGACAAUCAAAUCUCAAAAACUGUAUUUUGCUAAAAGUCCCGACUUGCAUUUACUAUUGUUUCCAAUGCAUACUCGGUGUUGGGGUACUCAAAUCCUCGCACUGGCCACAGUACUGUCAGCAAUGUGAUUGUUUUUUUUUAAAAAUAGUUUUUGAUAUGACAGAAGCCAUGUUUUAUUCCGCCGUAUAUAUACACUACACAUGCUUGUUAAAGUUUUUUGAGUUAUAUUAACCUUAUCAAUAACAUCCACCCAUUUACCUACACAGACUAGCUGAGUCAUUGGCCGCCUGUACAGUGGAAAGUUAA